UUGAACAACCUGGAAACUUCCGGUUUUUAGUCAGAGUCACAUGACCAACACAGUGACAGUAGUUUGACCAGCAGCAAGACAGUUUUCUUUUGGAAUACAUCAGUUUAAUCAUGCGUGGGUUAAUUUGUGGACCAAAAGUAGCCGCGUGCGGGAUGGUGUUGAGCGCGUGGGGGGUUAUAAUGCUGGCCAUGCUGGGGAUUUUCUUCAGCACACACUCAGCCGUGCUGUUUGAAGAUGUUCCUGUGACAGAAGACGACUUCAAAGAUACGGACCCCCCCCCACAGGAUCUACGCUCUGUACAACAAGGUGGGCUACAACUGCUUCAUCGCUGCUGGUAUCUACGUGCUGUUCGGACUCUUCUCCUGCUGCCAGAUGAAGCUCAACAAGCGCAAGGAGUACCUGGUGCACUAGUGCCUCCUGAUUGGCCGAGAAGUUCUCUGAUGAUGUCUUCGUCUCAGGAUCUAAACUCCUGAAGAUGAUCUACUGGGGAGGCGCUGUGCGCAGAUCAAUGUCGUGCACCUUUCUGUAUUUCAAAUGAGAUUGAUUCUACCUCUGAUCACAACAUGAUUUGUUUGUGCCAUGAAGAUACCCACUGCUGUUCUCCAGAGUUAACUACAUGUAAGGGUUGUAAAUGAUAUUGUCCUGAUUUGCUCUUUCAAACUGUACUGUACAAGUUCAUGUAUUUCAAAUUGCCAGUAUCCAGCUGUGUGUGGAAUGUUUGAUCACAUUUCUUUCCUGCUUACAGUGCCUCAGGGCCUAUCCUGUCUCUAUUUAUGGCCAAGGUCGCAUUAAAUGUAUAUAUAUGUUCGCUUUAUUCACAUGAAUCCUGGAAAGCUUUUUAUUUACACGUUUAUAUGUCCUUUAUUUCAAUAAACGGUCAACUGGAACGUUCAACUUUUUAAGACAUCA